AUGCAGAGGGCCCCCUGCCAGUGUGACCCCAGCUGGCCUGAUGGCAACCAGCCUCCGGGCCUCAUGGAAGCAGCUGGUUCCCACCCCCUCAGCCCUCUGCGUGCUCCUGGGCAGGUGGCCGGGGCCCUGCGCUGCUCCUUCCCCACUGUGGCUAACACCCCACCUCCCUUUGCCAUUUCAGCUCAGCCAGCAGAUCUCCUGAAGGUCCUGGAUUUCCACAACUUGCCUGAUGGAAUAACAAAGACAACAGGUUUCUGUGCCACGCGGAGAUCGUCCAAAGGUCCGGAUGUCGCUUACAGAGUCACGAAGGAUGCCCAGCUCAGUGCACCCACCAAACAGCUGUAUCCUGCGUCUUCAUUUCCUGAGGAUUUCUCCAUUCUAACCACUGUGAAAGCCAAGAAGGGCAGCCAGGCCUUCCUGGUCUCCAUCUAUAAUGAGCAGGGCAUCCAGCAGAUCGGCUUGGAGAUGGGCCGCUCUCCGGUCUUCCUCUAUGAGGACCACACGGGGAAACCAGGGCCGGAGGAUUACCCCCUCUUCAGGGGCAUCAACCUGUCUGAUGGCAAGUGGCAUAGGGUUGCCCUCAGUAUCCACAAGAGGAAUGUCACCUUGAUCCUGGAUUGUAAGAAGAAGACCACCAAACACCUCGACCGCAGUGACCACCCCGUGAUAGAUGUCAAUGGCAUCAUCGUGUUUGGCACCCGGAUCCUGGAUGAGGAAGUGUUUGAGGUAAGGGCGGGGGCAGCCGUCCCGCGGCCACCUGGGACCAGUGCUGGCGAGUGGUCACUCCUGGAUUCGGCCGCUAUGGCUGCUGUUGACAGCCUGUCUCCUCCUUGGGGACAGCUGCCACUCUGACUUGGCUGCGGUUGC